CUGACUCGCUCUUUCUCUCAUACUCCCAAAUUUCUCUCAUCCUGUCUUUAUAAAGUACUCCUAUAUAUUUCCAUCUCAAUAUCAAUUAGUCUACUUCCAGACAUUAAAGUCUACCCCUUUUCCAAGCAGUUUAAAAACAGUGUACACCACCUCAAUCUGUCAAGAACUAAAGAUUCUUGUGCUUCUUUUAGUUGAUUCUUGAUUAUUUUGAUCUCUUUAAUUAACCAUUCUUGAACUACCAUUCUCACCCAUGGAUAAGCAGAACUUGUUUUCAAAUGAUGGAAUCACAAUGUCAUAUGGAGUUGGAAUUCAUGGCAAUGAGCUGUUCAGUCCUAGUUGGGACAAUCCGGCGGAUCAGAAUGACCCUUUCCGGUCUGCGUUGAGCUCCAUGGUCUCAUCUCCGGCGGCAUCUCACGCCGGAGGAGCUAACCAUUCCGUCCGGAAUCAGGUCUUUAUACUCAAGGAACUUAUUGGAAGGCUAGGCAGCUUUGACAACUCCUCCGGGGAGUUUUCUCCGGCCGCCUGCACUAACAAUUCCGGCUAUAAUUCCCCUCCUAAGCUAAAUCUCUCAUCAAUGGUGGAUCAUCCGACCAUGGCCGCCGAUUUCCCCAUUCACCCUGACCUUCCACAACAAUUUUCUACCGAUCCCGGUUUUGCUGACAGGGCUGCAAGAUUUUCUUGUUUUUCCGGCAAGCUUUCCGGUAACCUUUCCAUCAAGAAAUCCACGCCUGAAAGCUCAGAGUUGGGCAAUUCCAGGGAGAACUCCACCGUCUCAGAUCAGAUUCCAGUUGGGGAAAUCUGCAAAAAAGAUACAAAUCUAAGAAAGAGGAAAGCUUCUACAAAGGGGAAAGCCAAAGAGACCACAACAACAUCAUCUCCCAAUGCAGCUGCCUCAGGGAACAAUGACUUCAAUAACCCCAAGAGAACAAAACUAGAAGAGCAAAACAAUGGAAAAGAGAAUAAAGCUAAUAAUCCAAAGGCUGCAGAAAGUGUGAAAGACUAUAUUCAUGUGAGAGCUAGAAGGGGUCAGGCCACUGAUGCCCAUAGCCUUGCAGAAAGAGUUAGAAGAGAAAAGAUCAGUGAAAGAAUGAAGCUUUUGCAAGAUCUAGUGCCAGGCUGCAAUAAGGUGACUGGAAAAGCUGUGAUGUUAGAUGAGAUUAUAAACUAUGUGCAAUCCUUGCAAAGACAAGUUGAGUUUCUGUCAAUGAAGCUUGCCACAGUAAAUCCGAGAAUGGAGUUUGACAUGGAAGCUCUUCUAUCCAAGGAUGUGUAUGAAUAUCAAGGAACAAUGUCUCAGAAUGUGUUUUCAUCACCGAAUGCCUCCGGAACACCAAUUCCAUACUCUUUUCAAUCUCAGCAUUCACUCCCAACUUUGCAAUCUGUCCAUUGUAAAGGAUCAGAAGCCCCUUUUUGUAGAAAUCAGGAUCUCACAUUGCCUCAUAUGGACACUUAUCUUGAUCCAUCCUCUCAGGUGCCUGUAUUCUUUGAGGAUGAUCUAAGUAGUGUUGUCCAUAUGGGUUUUGGCCAAAACCAGACACAGAACUUUCAUGUGGCACACAGAUUAAGAAAGUGGGAAUUGUGUGGUGGAGAGUUGUGCAGAGGAGAGAGAAAUGUUGUGAACCACAAAUUCUUUACCAAAAAGGGAAAGUGAACUUCUUUUUGGGACAUCCCAAAAAGGAAAUUUGGAACAACAAUCCGGGACAGAGGGAGUAUGAUAAAUGCAAUACUGCUUUAGGUAAUUUUCAUUAUGUGAGUGAAACUUAUUUUGGAAUGAUGAUGGGAAAUGCAGGAACUUUAAGUACUUCUGAAAUGAAAGCAGAGCUAUGAUCCUCAACAUAUCUAAUAGCGGGAGAAAUGUUCCACUGUUCAUUAUGAAGCCCCAAUUAGGAAAGGCUUUUUAUGUGUACAGAAGAAAUGGCAGUUCAACAGUGAGAUUCUGGGCUCAAAAGGAAAAAGUUCAAUCUUUUCCAUUCCGGCCAUUCUUGAUUCAUAACUAAUUUAGUAGCAAUUAGACAGAUAAUUAUGAUUUUUGUUACUUUUUCACAUAGAAAGAUUGAAGGAAUAGAGACCCUAUUUUUGUGAUAAUUCAGAGAUGUCACAUGUAACAUAUUGUAGAUAUGACAAAUUGUGUCUCAUGGGUUGAAUUGAUUGAAAGAAUUUAAAGACUUUAUGUAACUCAUUAUAUUCUCAAGUCUCCUUUGGUUUUUA